CGAUCUUCGAGCCGCGUUCCACGUGAUCACAUUGUUGACGCGAAUUGUCCAGACUUCAACAGUACUUCCAUCUAACUAUCAUGGCUCCAAUCACAUUCAGCGGUACAAUUCCUUCAAAGAAGAAGGCCGAUCUUCAAGCUAUCGCAGUAGCUCUGAACAUCAGUGAUACUGGAACAAGAGAGGAUCUACAAGGCAGAAUCAAACGUCAUCUCGAGCAACACCAAUCAAAAUAUGAAGAUGACCCUACCUUCUCUGGCCUAUAUGGCAAGAAGAAGAAGAGCGUACAACCUCCUAUAGAGCGCUUUGUCCCCAGUUCACCAGAUGAGCAGGAAGAGAAACUCCACCAGAGCCCCCAAGUCACUCGCAGUCGUCGUAUUGUCCCGCUUGACCCACGUGAGACCACCCCUGUCGACGAUAUGCGAAACGUGUCUAUCAUGCUCAAAAACCUUCCCAUAUCCCCUGACGCCGAGUCCACCCCUGCCUCGUCCGCUAAACAUUCUCCCCAACGUAAACCAGAAAGCGCCCGACCUGUCGCGCCCAUUCAAAAAACGCGUCCAGUUUCCAAACCUCUCGCUCAAGUGGCUCGUGAAUAUCUCGCAAAGCUACAAGUCAGCGUCCAAACAAACACCCGAACCACCUUGUUGACGACGCGUGCCGUCCUCUCGGACUCUACCAAUAUUUGGUUCCUUACUGUUCUCCUUGAGCUAUUCUACAUUCUCUACAUGGUUAUUCCAUGGCAGACCUUCGAGCUAUCGCCAGGUUCGCCUAGUCAAUUUUACAUCGCGAUCUCCUAUCCCCCCGCUCGCACUUUCUUAACACCAUCAUUCUGGACCGUCCUAAUUCACUGGUCAAUACCCGACGUCUUCAUCCCACUCGUCUUUGGCCUCCUCGUCUCCUUCCACCCCGCUAAUUCUACAUCCUCCCGAACCCCACAAGUCAUCGCACUCGAUCCCCUCUCAGCUUCUAUCGCUCGUCUGGCAGCCCAUGUCGCUUACCCCUUCCGCGCCCUCGAGGUGUCCCUCCAAGGCGUCGAUGUUAUCGGUCAGAAAUGGCGCCUUCUGACAGCGUCUAUCGUAGUGGCAUUUGCGUUUGCAGAAGCUAUUUUUAACGCGCCUGGUGCAUUUGCAGAGUCGAGGGUUCGUUUACGCGCCGCCACCCCUAGGCGUACUGCCCCAUCUGAAGACCCGCCCGCCUCUAUCACCGUCACCGGCGAAUCAUGAGUUUUGCGUGUUGUAUACACUGUAUGUUAUGUGACGACUCAUUCAUGAUCGAUUUAUCUCUUUCCUUUGAUUUUGCUUUAUCGAGUUGCUGUUUUGUUAGCGCCGAGACUAUAUUUAUUCUUUACCUAUUGGUAUU